AGCCUGCUCCCAAAUGAAAACUUCAUUUAAGAUUGCAGGCUGUUUUGUUUUGCAUUUUUUCGUUCUUUUCUUUCUUUUCUGUGGGAUGGUUUCUGGGUCACAUCUGUAAUUAUUAAUGGCUUCGUCGGCUACCGUCACUAUUGAGACAACGGAACGGGGGUUGAGAGUUCUUUCUCUCGAUGGCGGGGGCGUUCGUGGAAUGUCAACUUUGCUUAUUCUGCGUCACUUGAUGAAGCGGAUCAAUUACAAAGACACGCCAAAGCCAUGUGAUUAUUUUGAUAUCAUUGCUGGCACCAGCACUGGAGGCCUCAUUGCCAUCAUGCUUGGGCGUCUUCGGAUGAGUGUACAAGAGUGUAUUGAUGCCUAUCAGAGCAUAUCGGAAACUGUCUUCCAGCCAAAACGGUCACGCUUGAAUGUACUGGGCAAGGGCAAGGAUCUUUGGACGCUAGAAGGCGCAUUCGACGCAGAUGAGCUCGCCAAGGCUAUGCGGGAUAUUGUGGUGAAAACCGGCGAAGCAGCCGAUGCCAAAAUGCUAGAGACUGAUCCCACGUGCAAAGUGUGAGAACAGCCCUUCUCUUUGAGAUUUGGAUUUGCGCCAAUUUCUUCCAACCCAGAUUCGUCUGUGCCAUUAGAGCCGAGGUUGCAAGGCCCAUAAGACUACGCAGUUACCAGACACCAACUACAGUCGAUGAAGUGGACUGCACAAUCGUCGAGGCGGCAAGGGCAACUUCAG